AUGAGUAUCGCAUACAGGCGUCUGGAUCCGUCGAAGCGCGAGAUCCGCCUGCUCGAGAUUCAGUCAGCGCGCAGCAUCACCGACCCGGUCGAGUGCCGCCUCGUCACGGUCCGGCUCACCGACGAGCUGUCGCGCGAGUACAUCGCUCUCUCGUCGCUCUACGGCGACGCCUCGGAAACCGAAAAGAUCUACGUUAGUGGGCAGCCCGUCACCAUCACGACGCACCUGUCGCAGGCGCUCAAGCAUGUGCGCGCCGUCUUCUACCCGACCAUCUCGCAGCGGUUCCAGCGCACGCCGGCGCGGAGGCCCCACGGCGCGCCGAGGUGGCUGAGGCAGCUCUUCGGGCUCAGCAGCUCGCGCGCCAGCGACAACGAGCCGCGGGCGUUGCGGGUGUGGUGCGAUUUCCUGUGCGUCAACCAGCGCGACGACCUGGAGAAGUCCAAGCAGAACUCGGACAUGCGCAACGUCUACCGUAACGCGGAGCUCGUCGUCGGCUGGCUGGGCGACAAGGCGGAGCAUACGGACGUCGCCAUGGCCGCCCUCGCCCAGAUCGAGGACGCCAUCCCGCCCCACUGGGGCGACCCCGGUGACCGGGAGAAGCACCCCGAGCACUACGCGCCAGCGCACAAAUGGGCCGAGUCCAUCACGCACCUCUGGUCCCCGGGGCCCGCCGGCGAGAUCCCCUUCAUGAUGCCGCACUGGGUCGGCUGCAAUGACUUCAUGAGCCGUCCCUACUUCCAGCGCCGCUGGAUCCUCGAGGAGGUCGCCAUGGCCCGGUUUCCCACCUUUCUCAUUGGCGACACCAUCGUGCCCUGGAAGCAGGUCCUGCGCCUGAACCGCAUGAUGGAGGAGUUCAAGUACCACCCGUCCAACGUCUUCCCCCAGUACUUGGCGGCCAUGAUUGUCGACCUGCCUCUAGAAACCGCGCACAAGCUUCUCGACGAGUUCGCCCGGAGAGAGGCACUGGAAGAGGCCAAGAUUCUCCAGGAGACAGGGAGCAGCAGGGCGACCUCGUCCACGCGGUCCACCGACACGAGAUAG